ACAAGAGGGACACCAACACGCCCACGACGCCGAGCAAAGCGGAUUAAAGUCCCGCAGAGAUGGCAGGGGAGCCAGAGGACGAGAUACCAGAAUCAGGAGCGGUUUUCACUUUUGGAAAGAGCAAAUUUGCCGACAACGCCCCCAGUAAAUUCUGGCUUAAAAAUGACGUCCCCUUAAAGAUAGCCUGUGGGGACGAGCACACCGCCUUAAUAACAGAAAAUGGGAAACUCUUCAUGUUUGGCAGCAACAACUGGGGCCAGCUCGGCCUGGGAUCCAAACUGACGGUGAACAAGCCUACUUGUGUCAAAGCUCUUAAGUCUGAGAAAGUUGAGUUUGUGGCCUGUGGGAGAAACCACACUCUCAUCUCCACAGCCCAGGGGAAGGUGUUGGCGUCGGGGGGGAACAGCGAGGGCCAGCUGGGGCUCGGGGACUGUGAGGAGAGAACGGUCUUCCACAGGAUCGGCUUCUUCGAUUCACGCGGGCCAAUCAAAAUGCUCGCUGCCGGCUCAAACACCUCCGCCGCGCUCACAGAGAGCGGUCAGCUGUUCAUGUGGGGCGACAACACGGAGGGUCAGAUCGGUUUGGGGAAGGAGAGCCACGCCGCGUCGCCACAGGAAGUCAGCGUGGGCCAACCAAUCAGCUGGGUGUCCUGUGGAUACUACCACUCUGCCUUAGUCACAGUUGACGGAGCUCUGUACACGUUUGGGGAGAGCGACAGCGGGAAGCUGGGCCUGGGCACCGACCAGCUGCCGCGGCACCGAGUCCCGCAGCGCGUGAAGGGCGUCAAGGAGCCGGUGACUCAGGUGGCCUGCGGAGGGGGACACACGGUGGCACUCACAGAGGACAACGUGUUCACGUUCGGCCUCGGCCAGUUCGGACAGCUCGGUCACGGGACGUUCGUCUUCCAGUCGCCGCUGCCGCAGCCGGUCCAACACUUCAAGAAGGGACGAGUGCGCCAGGUGGCCUGCGGAGAAAACAACACUGCUGUCAUCACAGACAGCGGUUUGCUAUACACGUUUGGAGACGGCAGACACGGUAAACUGGGCCUGGGAGAAGAGAACUUCACCAACCAGUUCAAACCAACUCUGUGUCCGCGCUUCCUCAAGUACACCGUUCAGGCAGCAACGUGCGGCGGCUGCCACAUGGUGGUGCUGGCCCGGCCCAGGGGUCCGAGCUGCUCCGGUGUGUCUCUGGAGGAAGGCGACGUGACUGAGGAUUACCUGGAGAAGCCGUAUGUGGAGCUGCUGGGGGACACGGCCAACUCCUCCGCCCUGCAGAGGAGCAUCUCUGCCCGGGUCCGCAGGAGGGAGAGGGAGAGAUCUCCGGACCAGUUCGGCGCCAUGUUCCGCACGCUGCCCACCGUGCUGCCCGGCUGCCUCCCCCCGCCGCUGCUCGUCUCCAGCCAGACCAUCCCACCCAGACUGCCCCCGCCCGAGCUGAGCCACAGGAAGCUGCUCAACGGCUCUCACCAACACAGGAGCACAGGGGCAAAGCACCAGGAGCGGACAGGAGGCGAGGCUGACAGCGCUGUGGAGAGCCUGACCGACAGCGCCAGCGUUAAAGGCCUGGGAGAAACCUCCGACUUCCUCAACAUGACACAUGUGAUAAAGAUGGACCCGGGGGAUAAAACUCUCACUCUGGCUCCGGUUCACAAGGAUUUGACAAAAGGAUUUGCUCAGACGUGGAGCAAAGGUGAAGAGAAAGAAGAAGGAGAGGAAGAGGAAGAGGAGGACAGUGUUGACGAAGAAGAGGAUAAUGAUACGUCAGCCGAGACGGAGGGACGGUCCUCGAGUUUGGACGACUGGACAGAGAAGCAGACGGAGGAGACUCAAACCGCUAAGCCCGAAGAGCUGAAAGAAGAAUCUGUCCCCGACGGAGAGCAGAAAGCAGCUGCAAUCAGCGAGCAGGCCGACACCACAGGUGGAGACAAGACAGUCGAUGGCACCAAACCGACCAGUGGGACGGCAGACAGCAACUCCAAAAGCCAAUCAGGCUCCAGCAAAAAGCUGUCUCUCUUCAGGCGGCUGUCCUUCUCCAGGUCCAAGCAGACCAGCGACAGGGACCAACCCCCAGCGCAGGGAGCCAUCAGCGGGGACGCAGCCGUCCGGGGAGAGCCUCUCUCCUCCUCCUCCUCCGCUGCUGCUGCUGCUGCUGCCGGGAGCAGCGAGUCAGAGACAAACAGAGGCGGAGCGCUGUCCGGAGCCAGGGGCCCUCGCUCUGGAGCCUGCACCAUGCUCUGAUCCCAGCAACUUAACCCUCAGGUGGCCUCGGGUAUCUAGAAAAAGGCCACAUUUAAUUUAAAGAGCGCUUUAAAGAACAAACCAAAGUUUGUGCCAAAGUGCUUUACAACAACAUCAUUGAGCAAAAGUAAAAAUCAUGAGACAAAAUAAAUUCGGGCUACAGUUAAUGAUUUUUGAAUAAGUCAAACCGAUUAUCAAAAUAGUUGGCAGUAAAAUUGAAUAGUUGACAACUAAUCAAAUAAGCGAUUAAUCUUUGCAGCUCUAAAGUACAUAAAUGCAUACAAUACCAACAUAGAGUGCUCAGC